AUGCUCGAUCAAGACGACGAAGAUUCCACCCCCGAAUCACCACCCCGUCUCAUUGUAGCCGGUCGAGUGAACCCGUCUGAAGGGGAGGACGAAUCGAGUUCGAUGAUCGAACCCCGUCAAAGGGACGACACGCCUUUCACUUCAACACCUUUACCUGCUUCGGCCAUGACGGCCAAGACGUCUUCUUCGACGCAACACAUCUUGAGAUCGAAGGAAUUGUUGAUGACGAGUAAAUCGACGACCUCGACGGCGACGACAGGCUCGAAUCGGACGGUCGUGCCGCUGAACCCUUCGACGCGAUUCAAUCAACAUCUAGAGUCCGACUCCGCAACUCAACACCAGACCAUGUCCGACAAGCAGAAAGGGACCCAACCCUUGGUCGACGAAACGAGUGUGAUCGAGUCGCGUCAUUCGGGUGGCUUCGAAGGUCAGGGUUUCACGGAUGAGGAUGAGAUGGUCGUGCUUAGUUCUGGGUCGGGAACGGAGAGCGAUCGACCUUUUUUGGCGCGAGCGUCAUCGUUCAAUCGACCUUCGCAACUCCACGAUGAGGAUCACGACGAUCAAGAUCUGACCACUUCUUCUUCCGCUGCGUCUUCUUUCACCGCCGACAACGAGAUCGAUUCACCGGUCGCGACUCGCGCUCAACCCGAGGCUCGUCAACGCGCCGUAAGGAUCGCCAACAACACCUCCCCUGAACGUGAACGCCGAGCGGUCCUGUCCUCCAUCAUCGAUUCCCCCGAAUUGGGUCGAAGAGGUUCCAUGGAUGCGCUUUCGAAAGAUUCCUUCCCCUCCCUCUCGAACCUCUCGACACCACAUGCGAACUAUUCGCACAACGCUUACAGUAAUGCGGCGAAUGCCGAUCCCCGAACCCCACUCGGUCGAUUAUACGCCACCCCUACCGGAAGCCCCGAUUCGGUCGAAGGGUUCGUCAAAGCGAUCUUACCACCUUCGUCUUCCCCUGCGGCGGUCAGGAGGGCUCAACACGUAUUGACCACGCUCAAGUCAACCUCGAAACCGAUCUUGAAGAAAGGGACACCUCAUCCCCAAAGGUACAGGGGUCGUCAACUCGUUGAUACGCCCUUAUCCGUCGCUUUGCAAAAGAAGAUGAACGACGUCUCACCGGGGGAGGAAAGAGCGGUCGAAGAAGAAGAAGAGGAUAGUAUCGAGGCACCUCAUUUAUUACAAGACGAAUCGACCUCGUCGUCCAAUGAUCUGACGACUUUGCAUAGGGGUAAUACGUCGUUACCUUCAGGUGGAGCGACGGGCUUUGCUGUCGCCGGACCGGGAACGAGGGUCGAUCGCUUCGAUCAUGUUAAACUCAAUGCGUACCUUCAUCAAUUCAAUGGCACCUUGACGGCGGAGAAUGUACAGCUUACCAAGAACUUGGGCGACAAGACCAAGGAGAAUGAGCAGUUGAGGAAGGAGGUAAUGAGGUUGAGGGAGAUUAGCAGUAUGGUUGGUGGGUCGAGGGUCGGGGAUGAUACGCGGGAAGAGGAGGGAGAGGGCAAUAGCUCGAGGGUGGAAGCGGUUUUGAAUGGAUUGGUGGAGGGGAGGAACGAGGGACCGUCGAGGCGCGUUCAAGAACUGGAGGAACUCGUCGAUCGAUUGCAGAACGAGCUCGAGGAUAAGGACCGACAACUCGUCGAACGCGAGGACAGAACCCACGUCACCGACGCUGGUGACGAACGCCGUAACUUCAAGGUCGAACUCGAGGAAAAGGUGGCCGAGAACGAGCAAUUGGCCUCGGCAUUGGAGGAUGCGCGAUCGCGCGUCGACGAGCUCUUGACCGAGCUCGAGAACCAAGAGGCCGGAUUCGCGCAGAAGAACUCGGAGCUGAACCAGGAGCUGUGUACGAUCAUGGAGAAGCAGGAUAGCGAUCUACAGGCCACGAGGGAGCAGUUGACGGAUGCGAGGCAGGAGAUCGAGAGGUUGCAGGUCAAGGCGGGCGAUGAUUCGGAUCGGCAUGUCGUGCUCGAACUCAAGGAGGAGAUUCGGCGAUUGCAACACCGCGUCGAUGAGCUCGAGUCGACAGUCGAGCAGAAGGAGGUCGAGCUCGACGACCUGAAAAAGAAGCAAGAAAAUCUGACCGAGUCCGAAAGCGAGCUCAAGCGCCAAGUCGCCGAACAACUCGAGAACGUGCAACAGAUCGAAGAGGCGCUCAACGAAUCGGCUCAGCAACUUGUGCAGCACGAGGACGAACUUGAGUCGCUCAAGGUGCAGCUGGCGGCCGAGAAGAACGUCAACUCGACGCUUUCGGCGCAGAUCUCGCAACUCAAGUUGCCCAAGGCCAAGAGCCCUCUGGCAAACGAGGUCUACAACAGCAACAAGGACUCGAUCAUCGGCUCGCUCGAGGAAGAGCUCCAAGUCGCGCAGCAAGAGGUACGAGACCUCAAGCAGCGUCUGCAGCAGCGCGAAUCGCGAGAAGAGGUCGAGGUGCAGCAGCUCAAGAUUAGGACGCUCGAAUCGCAAAAGCGUGAACUCGAGGAUCGCGUCUCGUCGCUCAAGUCUCAGGUGACGAUGACGUUCGGCUCGCCGAAGAGGAACGGCUCGACGCCUGAUAGGUCCAACUUGUUCCGCUCCAUCAUCGGUCUCCAGACGCCCAAAACCCCUGGACAGAUGCUCGGCAACGUAAAUGCGCUCGCAUGCACCCGGCUCUCUUGCAAAAGCUUUAACUGACUCUGAAUCUAUUGUGUCAAACUAGAUCACCGCUUGGUCCCCCGGAUCAGCGGCCGACGAGACUAUUCAACCGCUCUAUUCGCACAUGCAAGAACUCGUCCAACUCGUUGACGACCUGCGCGAGCAACUCGCCGCCACCAACGAAGACGUCGACAAGAAACUGAACCAGCUCGAGAUAUCUGGCUCGGGGACGAUCGCGCUGGCUCGGGACCUCGCACAGGCGAGGGCGAGGAUCGUGCAGCUUGAAGCCGAGUUGGAACGUUUGCUUGGUGCGAAUGGGUCGCUCGAGCGUGUGAGGACGAGAUUGAUGAGUUUGUCGUGCCCUGGUUGCGAGCACGUGUUCGAUGCGACCAAGAUUGUACGGUUGCGCGUCGACAAAUCGGGCCUGACUUUUGAAGAGUGAGUGAUGGUUCAUAUUGUGGCUUUCUUACUGGGUACUGUGGCUGACCAGUCAUCUGCAUUCAGAUCCGAGACGUCACCCAAAGUCAGCGAAUCGCUCCGUUCGGCGCUCGCCGGUGUGAACGUCAAGCUUUCGCAACUCGAAUCAGAAAACGCCGUCCUCGUCGAAUCUUCAUCCCGGGCACGUGACCUCGCAGCCGACAAAUCCGCCCUCGCCAAACAACUUUCCGCACUGCAGAAGGACUUUGCUCAAGCGCGAUCCGAGAUCGUGGGGCUGGAAGUCGACUUGCAAACGGAGAGAAAUAGGUUGAAAGGGAUGGCGGACGAGCAGGCUUCGUUGCGCACGGCCAAAGGUGCGCUUGAAGCGCGCUUGAACACGACAGAAACCGUGAGCACCUUUAUCCCCACCUCCCCACCCCCAGACAGCAGUAACAAGUGCUGAUGUGGUGUUUCUCAUUCAGGAGCUUCGCGCCCUCAAAUCUUCUUCUCGAGCCGACCCCAGCGAGCUCGCCCAACUCCGCGCAGACAAGUCCAGCCUCCUGGACGAGCGCGCCGCUCUCGUCGCCCAGCUCGGCUCGAUCGACUCGCAGACCCAUCGUGUCGCGACUUCGUUGAACGCUAAAUCCUCCGCGCAGGCUUCGAUUCCAUCCCAGCUUGAUCAGUUCAUCGCCGAGAUCGCCCGACUCAAGAACUCGUUGAAUGAGAAGGAGACGGCUUCACGCUCUUGGAGGGACGAGCGCAGUGACAUCUUGAGGAACGUGGCUGGAUUACAGAUGGACCUGGUGAAGGUUCGCGAAGACGCGGUCAGCUUGGGUAUGGAUUUGGCGAAUGUGAGACGGGAGAGAGAUGCCUUGGGUGGCGGGGAACUUGCGCAAGCCCUCUUGAGGAUCGAGUCAUUGGAGAAGAGGAUCAGGGAUCACACCUGCGCUUCUAGGUGAGCAUUCACUCCAAAUUGCCAGCUUCGAUUUUCGGAGACACUUACUCUAUGCCCUGCUUUGAUACCACGAUAGCACCACCGCCACUAGCCAAGAACUCAAAGCGCGUCACGCCAAGGAAGCAAAGGGUCUGCUCGUCAUGAUCCGCUACCUCAAGCUUCGGGUGUCGAGAGAGUUGGCAUUCCGGAACGAUUUGACGUAUCAGAAGGAGUACCUUCAAGCAAUGGUCAAGGACAAGCAAGCUACGUGAGUCAGAUUAGUGAAGUUCAGGAUUUCCCACGGACUGAAGGCUCUUCGCUGAUGGGCAAUGGCUUUCUAUGGCAGUAUCGAUCUCGUCAUGUCCCAACUCAGCCUACCGCCAUCCUCCCCACCUUCGGAUCACCGGCCGUGGGGAAGCAAACCGACACUCAAAGCCGCCGUUCUCGCAGUAAUCUCGCUUCGGAGAAUGAGGUAAUAUUUACGGGCUUGUGCGACCGUUCCCACACAUACUGACAUGUGAACGAUAAUGCCCUUCCCAGCCGUGCAAGUCAGCAAUGGCGCGAAGCGAGUCGAGGCAAGGACAAGCUCCGAAACGAGGCGUACCCCGCCGUUCGAGGCAAGGCGUUCGUUCCCUCGACCACGGCAUGA